UGAUUGGCUAAUCCCCUUUCUGCCGGAAAGUCAACAUGUCCCGCGUGUGGAGUAGCGGCCGCCGCUAAACUUGGACCAAUCGAGGCAGCUUUUACUUUGCGUGGUGCCACUGCGUCAGCCAAUGGGAGGCGGUCUUGUUUAGGGCGACGCAGCCCCGAGUGUGUCUGUGAGAGGAUCAGUCUGGGUGCUGCUGUUGCGGGCGUGAGGAGACGCAAGGGCCGGGCCAGGUGGAUAAAAGAUCUUGCAGAUGGCAGAUAACAGUAAAACAGAAGAUGCUGCCUCAGAUUCUGUGGAAGCUGCUAAAGGUACAGGUGACAAAAAAGAAAAGUUAGCAGACCAGGUAAUGCAAAAUCCACAGGUCUUGGCAGCUUUACAGGAGCGACUUGAUAAUGCACCUCACACUCCUUCCAGCUACAUUGAAACCUUACCAAAAGCAGUAAAAAGAAGAAUCGAUGCCUUGAAACAGCUUCAGGUGAAAUGUGCCCAUAUAGAAGCAAAAUUUUAUGAAGAAGUUCAUGAUUUAGAGCGAAAAUACGCAGCCCUUUACCAGCCUCUCUUUGAUAAGAGAAGGGAUUUUAUCACUGGUAGUGCUGAACCUACAGAAGCAGAAGCAGAAUGGCACAGUGAAAAUGAAGAAGAGGAGAAACUUGCUGGAGACCUGAAAAAUAAAGUAGUAAUAGAAGAAAAAGAAGCAGGAGCUGCUGAAGAGACAAAUCCCAAAGGAAUCCCAGAUUUUUGGUUCACAAUAUUUAGAAAUGUAGAUAUGCUGAGUGAAUUAGUACAGGAAUAUGAUGAGCCAAUUUUGAAGCACCUGCAGGAUAUCAAAGUGAAAUUUUCUGAGCCAGGACAGCCUAUGUCUUUCACAUUAGAGUUCCACUUCGAGCCCAAUGACUAUUUUACUAAUUCAAUUCUGACAAAAAGCUACAAGAUGAAGUCGGAGCCAGAUAAGACGGAUCCUUUUUCAUUUGAAGGUCCUGAAAUUGUUGACUGUGAGGGAUGUACUAUUGAUUGGAAGAAAGGAAAAAAUGUUACAGUUAAAACAAUAAAGAAGAAACAGAAACACAAGGGCCGAGGCACAGUUAGAACAAUAACUAAACAAGUACCCAAUGACUCAUUUUUUAACUUCUUCAGUCCAAUAAAAGUUUCAGGAGAUGGAGAAUCGCUGGAUGAAGAUUCCGAGUGUACUUUAGCUAUAGAUUUUGAAGUUGGGCAUUUCUUCCGUGAAAGAAUAGUUCCCCGUGCUGUACUCUAUUUCACUGGGGAAGCUAUAGAGGAUGAUGAUAAUUUUGAAGAAGGAGAGGAAGGAGAAGAAGAGGAAUUGGAAGGUGAAGAAGAAGGAGAGGAGGAGGAAGAUGCAGAAAGUGAACCUAAGGUGUAAUUUAAGUCUCUUUAUCAUUCAUUCAUUUAUAGAAAGAUGCCAGCCAGCCUGCGGAAUGCAAACAACAAUAAGGAAAUACCACUUCAGAGUGAUAUUUGAACAACCUGUAACAAAUAUUUGGAUACCUGGCCUGCAGUUCAGGAUAUUCCAUUGCUGCAGCACAAUCUUGUUAACAACGCUUAAAACUAAAUUGUUUUCAAAUGCAUGAUUUUCACUAACUUUUUUCUUAUUUUUAUUUUAUUUUAUUUUGCUUAACUUGUACAGUGGCAACUUAAUGCAUUUGAGAAAUAUGAGGUUUAAUUAAAGCACACACUCUACAGCCUUUGGUACAUUGUAGCUCAACUGUCUCAGUAGGCUUUCAAAUUUAAAUUGGAAAAAAGCUAAUUUGUCCUUCUGGAAAACUUUCCCUCACUUCAGUGUAAUUUUUUAUCUAAAUAUUGUGGAAUAGUCACAUAAGAAUAUAUUAAAUUAAUAAAAUACUUGCAAUGAAAACAAAUAAAGCAAUAUGAUUUCUGCUAGCUCUUACUCCCUUUAAAAUAACAUGAUUCCUGCAACCUGCCAGUCAGACUAGUGCGGUGGAGCAGCUCAAGACAUUGCCAUCUCCAGUAAGGCAAUCUGAAUUUGAAGUAACAUUUCCUUUAUCUUCCUUGAAGAAGACGGUGGUUGACAGAUACUUAGUUGUUCGCCUUAUUUAUUCAUGUUUGUAAGUACUUUGAUGAACUAGUGCUUUUAAUAGUUUUAAAUAUACUUGAAAAAUAUUUUCCUGUUUAUAAAAUAUGGGUACUUGUUCAUGCAAAACACUCUGCUCACAGAAUGAUUGCUCAUCGAACAUUUCAAAACUGGGGAAGAGAAAGGGAGAUCCUGAGACAGGCCUCAUGGUUGAUCACAGUGGAUUGCAGCAGCAAAAUGUAUCACUGUUCUAGCUUAGCCUGCAUUACUAGGCCUGGUUCAGAUGAUCCUUCAAUCCAAUGUUUGGAGGAAACAUUGGAAAUGAGCUACAGGUUCAUGCGCUUCUUCCCCUCUUGUGUGCAGCUUCGCUCGUUAGUUUCCUGUUGAGCUCAAGUCAUUGUUUAUUCUGAAAUCUGAAUUGGCAAGCUGUGGUUUGCACUUCAAAUCAGAAUAUGAAACUCUUUUCUGAAGUUGGUUUUAAAGUCUCUUUUUGAGAUCAAGUGUCAAUCAUAGCUUUCCUGUUCGGACAUCACAGCAAACUUAAGAGGAAACAAAGUGAUGCUAUUCUCCAUGCAAGAAAAGGGAAGGCUUCUGAUGGGUUAGGGACUCACUUGAACUGGGCCUAAGAGAGUUUCAUUUAAUUGGGAAAAGAUAAAUUAAAAGUGAGUGUAGUUCUGAUAUUUAAUUUGCAAUACUCGGAUCAUCCUGUUCCACACUGCAAUGGUUUUUAAAGCUCCAAAAUCCUGCAGAAGAUCUGUUCUUCAACAUAUAAUGCCGGCUUCCGGCAACAAUUCAUUAGCAACUGUAUGAAUGCUGUUACCAGGCAUGUAGAGAGUGCUCCAGCCUUACCUUAUACAUUUGUAACUUAAUACAGUGUUUUCAAUUUGUACAGAAUAGUUAGAAUAUUCUAUUAAAGUUGUGAAACAUGAA